AGCCAUUGUGGCUCAAGGUUUCGGACCGAAUCCGAGCCUGCACCUGCAUACCGAACCACCGCGCCCGGACGCCAUCCACCCGCUGCCCCUGCAAUGGCGAUGCUCGCCGCCGCUGUCGCCGCCGCCCUCGCUCUGCCGGGUGCCGCGAUGGGGCCUGGUGGCCAGCAUCUCUCUCUCCUGGACCGCGGCCGCGUGCACAUCGACCUCGCCAACACCGGAGUGGUCGCAGAGGACGAGGAGGGCAAUGACAACGAUUUCCGCGAGUAUGCGUCGGCAUCGAAGAAGCCAAAGCGGAGCAACACGUCUUGGCGCAAGACGUCCUCUCGCCAAGCAAGCGUCGCGGUCAUGGACGAGGUUAUCCCAGUCCUCGAGCUGGAUUUCAAGAGCAAAACGCAGCAGCUGAAGUUUGCCCUGUCUAGUUUCAAGGACAAGCAGAGGGCCAUGGACGUGGCGAAGAGGGAGACGACCGUGGCCAUGAAGGCACUCCGCCAGGAGGCAGAAAAGCGCCGCCGUUCAGCUGCGGAUCGCAGGAUGGCCAAGCAGAAGGAGCUGCAGACUUUCAAUGAAGCUAAGCGCACCGCCAAGGAGGCAAUGGUCAAGAAAGCGCAGGCGCUCAUGGCCUCGAAGGGCACGGAUGCGAGCGGCAUGCUGAGCUCAUUGUCGUUGGGCAUCAUGGUCGACGUAUUGAUGGCUCUGCCUACGGCCGUGGAGAAUCCGAUCUUCAGUAAGCGUCUGGUGAGGUCGAAAGAGCAGGCCGUGGCGUCCGUCCAGGACUUCCUCAACAUCACGCGCCGCAAGACGUCGAAGUUUGUGCUCGCGAGCAGCAAGGCGUCCGAUGUGGAGCUCUCCUUCUUGAUGGCACGCUACUUUCACGAGGCAUCUUUCCGUGUCAAGGCGAUGCAGUCGGAUGCGGAGAAGAUUGCCAGGGACCUCAACGUUGUGAUGCCGCGGGAGCUUCGGCAGAGCUUCCUGCCCAUCGUGAGGAGCUUGCGCGCGAACGCGGUCCCACUCCGCGUGAACGCCAGCGAUCUCGCGAAGGCGACACUGCCUGAGGCGUGCAGUCAGAUCUCCAGCCUCAUGGCCAACAUCAGCGGCUACAACAACAAGCUCGACUCGAUGCACACUGGCCUGCACAACCUCUGGCAGCUCUCCGAGCUGAUGCUGCCGCACAUGAGCAAGGUCUACCCCAUGAAGACAAGCGUCAUCGACACCGUCAAAGACUUCAUGUCCAUGGCGACCACCCAGGUCGCCGGUCUGCAGGAGUCGGCGGACGAGAUCGUGACCAACGUCGGCCCGAUCGUCAUGGAGCGCAUGCAGUGCACUUGGUCUGCGGCGCACGCCCGCAGCGGCCUCGGUCUUGUGGCGGCGGCGCUGGCCAGCACCCUCCUCGCGUAGGCGUAGAGCGGCCCGGAACCGCGGCGUCCCACCGAGCGCCAGGACGCAGAGGGGAUGGUAGUCCCCUCCUCCCCACCGCUCCCCUCUUCGCAGUAUCCCAACCCUCCCUCCUCGAGGCGCCCCGGAUUGCGAGGGCGCCCGUCCAGCGGAGGGCAGAGUUGCUUUUCUCGGCUAGGCCGCCCGCGAGGCGCGAGGCGGCGGCAACCACUAGGCGCUAUGCGCUGACCGAGCGCCUGUAGGGGCGGCAUUUUGACCACGCAUUGCUCCUUGUCCUCCUCUGGGUCUCUAGCCGUGGCAGGCGGGGAUGCUUUUGAUGCGCUGGGCUGAUCCUUCUCCGAUGCUUCUCCCCCCUCACUUCCGUCGUUUCCUGGUCAACACGGCCUCCUUGCCAGCAGAGUUGUCAAAAGUGGUAUCAAAAGUUGGCUGAUUGAUCAGGAGGCCGCGUAGCGUCCUGGAGUGCUUUGCUCGUUCACUUUAGCCCCCUGAGGGGCGUUGGGGGCUGUUGCGAGAUGUCAGCCAGCAGCUCUUCUCCGGGCAUGGAGGGGAUUGCAUCACGGG